AUGAGGGGCUUCAGUGUGCGAAAGAAUAGGAGUAGAAUAGUUGAUGGAAAAGUUAGAGAAAAAGCAUAUGUUUGUUCUUGUGAAGGGUAUAGAUUAGAAAAAUGGAACCAUAUGAAAAAUCGAGUUAGGGAGCCAAAACCAGAGACAAGAUGUGGUUGUAUGAGUAAACUUCAUGUUUUCUUCGAUGCGGUAACUGAGAGUUGGAUAGUGAGAGAUUUUUGUGAUGAACACAACCAUGAUCUUGUUGUUCCAAAGUUAGCAAGAAUGUUAAGAUCUCACAAGAAAAUGACUGAGCCUGACAUUAGUCAAAUGAACCAUAUGAAAGAGGUGGGGAUCAGCAUACCAAACAUAUUUGGGUCAUUAGCUAGCCAGUGUGGUGGGUACGAGAACGUUAAUUUUUCAAUUAAGGAUAUGCACAAUCAAGUUGCGAAGCAAAGAAGACAAUUACCUGAUGAUUUAACAUCUGCAAUGGCUUACCUGGAAACACUAGCAGCAAGGGAUCGAAACUUGUUCUAUAGUGUUGAAAAGGGCAGAGAAGGAGUGUUUCGGCAAAUUUUUUGGUGUGAUGGCCGGUGUCAGUUGGAUUACGAUCUGUUCGGGGAUGUGCUAGCAUUUGACGCCACAUAUAAGAAGAAUAGAUACAGAUUGCCGGUGGUAAUAUUCUCGGGAGUUAACCACCAUAAUCAAACCGUUGUAUUUGGUGCUACGAUAGUUUCAAAUGAGAGGAAAAGCACCUAUGUGUGGUUACUAAAACAGCUUCUCAUAGCAAUGAAGGGAAAGAUACCGACUUCAGUUAUUACGGAUGGUCAUCAAUCGAUGGCUAUCGCUAUUCAUGAAGUGUUUCCAAAUGCACAUCAUAGGUUAUGUGCAUGA